GCGUUGUCUACUCUUCUGUCUCAUCUAGUCAUAUAUUUGUGUAACUUUGGAGCAGCUAACGAUUACUAUCUUUGACAAUACCAUGUCGGCGUAGUCUAGAAUGAAUAUCAUUGGUGUGCUGCUUGCCUGACAAAUGUUAAUCAUUUAGCUGGGUUUCCAUCCAACUCAUUCGCAUAUUUUAAGCAUAACAACGCGGUGUUAUGCUAAUUAAGAAUGGACAGUCUCCUAAUCAAGGGAGUAGUUGUGAACAGCCGUGGGUUCAAAAGUUGAGGUUGUCCGGGGAAAGGAAACGCGUAGUAAAAUGUUAACACACCUGGUGAAAGGAGGCCUGAAGACAGUCGGGGGUUACCUUCAGCCCGCUUCAACCUUAAGAUACGUCUUUCUUUGAGUCUGUCACUUCGGAAUGGCCAGCCACUUCCGCAGCUACAUCUGGGACCCAGUUCUCAUUGUGUCUCAGAUUGCGUUGAUGCAAUGCAUCUAUUACAGCUUCCUUGGACUGUGGCUAGCCGGUGUCGACAGCCUUGUACAGACGUAUAGAUCUCUCGACCAAAUUUUCAGCUAUGAGGUAGUUGGGUUCGCUACACCUCAAGGCAGACUCUCAAUGAUGGCGUUCAUCUUAAAUUCACUGACAUGCGCUCUCGGCCUUUGGUUCUUUAUCCGGCGUGGCAAGCAGUGUUUGGACUUCACCGUCACAGUACAUUUCUUUCACAUGAUUGGAUGCUGGGUGUACAACUCUCACCUACCCGCCUCUCUCUCCUGGUGGCUGGUCAAUGUUGCAUGUAUGGCACUAAUGGCUGUCAUAGGGGAGUACCUGUGUAUGCAGACUGAGCUCAGAGCUAUUCCAGUGAACACUGGACCCAAAUCAAACCUCUGAGAGACCGUUGGCAUUAGCAUUCUCUGGGUGGACUGUGUAGAGAGGCUGGACUGGUUGCAGUUAUCAGUCUUUCUGUUGCUGCGCUAUCAAUGACUGCACUUGAAUUGACCUGGAACAAAGGUCUUUUGUCAGAUUGAACCGUUAUGUCAGUGAGCAAAGAAUGCCCCUGUAAUCAGAUGUAUAGAUUCUGUUGUGUUUAAUUUAUUUUCGUUGCAUUCGUAAGUGGCUGCAGUUUUAAAGUUUUAUAAUGGUUACCUAAUGCAAAUUUUUUCCAGUGCAUUUGACCAUGUUUGAAGAGAACAAAACUGUUAUAUUUGAUGGGUCUGUAUAUCAUCUUGCAUAUGUUUGUGGCCUAAAAUACUGAGAGGUACUGUUGUAAGUAUACACCAUCAAAGGUACUCUUGUAACAUAUUCUGAUGGGUUUUUGAGGACUAUCAUCAUAGCACAGGGAAAGGCAUACUAGACGAGGAAGCUUGACAUUUUGUCUCAUGCAUACUUGAAUGAGUGUCCUUCAUUUGUAAAUAGGAGUGGCUUAAAUGAUAUGCAUAAAAAACAUGAUUCAAACAAGUGCUCACACACAACCUGUGCUGAAUACCUGAGAGUGGAUACAAGGUUAGCUGUUUCUACUAAAAGGAUUUUAAAAUCUUUGUUCACUUGUUCAUGAAAACCAGUCACCAUUCAGGUGUGAGUUUAAAGUUUCAUCAUGUGUGCUUCAUUUUAACAAUUUGUAUGUGAACUAAUUGAGCAGGAAGUCAUAAUCAUUCCCUGAGUGACCAUGUUUGCUUUAAUUAAUAAAAUUAAUAUUUAGAUUUGCUAA